UUCGCCUCGAAUCGAAUUGAAGUAUUCGACAAAAUCGAAUUAUUCGAAAAUAUCGAAUUAUUCGACCUUUCCGAAUACUCGGGCUUUGAUUUCCGGCCAGGUGGCGCAAGCUUCCGACCAUUUCGUGCACCCGAACUCAGUACACACCUGGCGACCGAUCGCCAGCGACAUCACUUCUGCCAAAUCAACGGUCAAAAUGGCGUCGAUGGCGUGCUCUUCAGAGCGCGACCGGCUUUGUUCAGAGCCCUGCGAACGCGAUUCUCAGUCCACCGCCUCGUGCUCGACGUACGCCAACCCGAUUUGGAGCUUUUACUCCAAGCUCUCCGAAAAGGGUGCCGCACGCUGCGAAGCCUGUGGAUCAAUUUUGAAGACUCCCACCGGGACGACCACGACGUUGGUCACUCAUCUGAAGAGGCAUCCUGGCAAGUACAAAGCCUACCAGGUUCAGCGUCAGCGGAACCAGCGCCUGACCACAAGAAAAGAUGAAACGAAACCAAAUUCAUCUCAGUCAUCGGUGGCUACCGUCUUCAAACCAAAGCUACAACCAACGGCGCCGAAGGCAAAGGAAAUGACCAAGAAAAUCGCCACGUUCAUCGCUCGUGCCUUCCAGCCGUACAGCGUGGUUGAAGACGAAAGUUUCAUUGACAUGAUCAGGUAUGCGAUUCCUGAGUAUGUUGUUCCGUCGCGGAAAACGUUUUCAAGAACUGUCAUUCCAGACUUGUACGCUGCGAAAAAAUCUGAACUGAAAAAGCGUAUUCGAGCCAUCUUCGAAGGCGCAGUCGAGUGUUACACGUUAACAACUGAUGGGUGGACUUCGAGAGCGGGCGACAGUUACGUGUGCGUGACCGUUCACGUACUGGAUGAAGACUUCGUGCAGCACGUGUACGCUUUAGCAUGCAAGGAAAUGCCUGAAGAGCACACCGCAGAGAACGUUUUGCGCUUCCUCCGGACAGUCGUUGAAGAGUGGGAUCUUCCUGACAACAUCCCUAUCUUUGUCGUCAUGGACAAUGCAAGGAAUUUUGUUUCAGCCGUCGCUAGGUCGCCGUGGUUGGGCCUCCAGUGCUUUGCCCACACGCUGCAACUGUGCAUUAACGACGCAAAAAAAGAAGUUGCUAUCUUCUCUCAGCUUUGUGCAAAAGCAAGAUGCAUUGUGGGGCACUACAAAAGAAGCGCACGAGCUCGCGGGCGACUCAUCGAGAUCCAGAAGGACAUGCACAUGAAUGCUCUGGAAGUGGUCCAGGAUGUCCCCACUCGUUGGAAUAGCGAACAUUCAAUGAUGGAAAGAUUGGUGAAACUGCGUGCCCCUAUUUCUGCAGAACUUUCAGAGUCGGAUUCCGUGGAGAACUUAAGCACAAAAGAAUGGAAACUAAUGGCUGCUGUAGUAAAAGUAUUGCAGCCCCUGCAACAGGCCACGGCAGAGUUGUCGGCUGAUAGGUAUCCCACACUUUCACAAGUGAUUCCAUUGCUUCACUGUACACAUGUCGUGCUUCAAGAGCACAAAACCGGAGGUGAAGAAGCAGCACCAUUUGCUUACAGUCUUGCACGCAGUCUCGCUACAAGGUUUCCUGAUCUGAAAAUGUCCCCUGUGCCUGCACUUGCAAUGCUGAUCGACCCACGGUAUAAGAACAUUUGCUACCUCACAGAGAGUGAAAAGAAAUGGGCAAGGGCUUUGCUCACGACAACAGCAGAAGAGCUUGCGCCAGCACAGCAGGAGCAUGUUCCAGACUCUCCCAGCAGUGCAGGCCCAAGUCACAGUGCAACCACUUCAAGUACAGUGUGGGCUGUUUUUGCCUCUUUAAGCUCCAGUGCACACCAGGAGACUGCACAUCAACCUGCUGCUGGACAAGUGACCGACUACCUAAGUGCCCCUCUGUUACCUCGCUCAGCUAGGCCACUGGAGUGGUGGAAGACUCGUGGUAGUCAUUUGUACCCAGGCCUAGUCAAGGUUGCUCAGAAGUACCUGUCCAUACCUGCCACGCAAACAAGGAGUGAGAGACUGUUCUCAACAGCAGGCAAUGUGGUGAGCAGCAGGCGGGAGCUGCUUCUCACGGAACAUGUAGAGCAACUUGUCUUUCUUCAUGACAAUCUGUAACUGAUAAAAAAAAAAAGACUUCCGACACAAGAUGUGCCACUUCUAAUAAAAAGUUAUAUCAAAGCUGAUGUGCACCAACAUUUUUCUAGCGUACGAAAAGGUUUAAUGAAGUACUAGAACAUGCAAAUUUGCAAGUAUUGCAGGAACAC